AUGAGUUCACAAACUACAACACUUCCUGUGAAUAACACUUUUGUGCGUCCACAAAUGUUUUACAUAAGUGGUUUACAUGAUAUGCCCUUUGCAAACUAUUUUUAUGUUUUUUUGUUUAUUGUGUUCAUUCUUACAGUGUUUUCUAAUGUAUUUCUUAUCAUUUUAAUAUGUUUUGGUCCAAGUCUUCACAAUCCAAAAUAUAUUGCUGUUAGUCACUUAGCCAUAGUUGAUUUAUGCACAUCACUGUCUGUCAUUCCUAAAGUAAUUGAAAUGUUUCUUUUUAAUUCCAGUUUUGUAACAUAUGAAGCGUGUUUAGCUGGCAUGUUUUUUGUUCAUUUCUUUAACUCAAUGCAGUCUCUUUCUUUAGUCAUAUUAGCUUAUGACCGGCUUCUUGCCAUAUGUUUACCUUUAAGAUAUCACAGUAUUAACACUAAUGGCAGGAUGAUAAUAAUUAUAUUCUCAGCUUGGAUGUUUUCUGCUGUUACAUUUUCUGUAAUGGUCCUCCUGAUUACCAGACUCAACUUCUGUGGGUCCACAGUGAUAAACAGUUAUUUCUGUGAUCAUGGUCCUGUGUUUCGCUUAGCUUGCAAUGAUUCUUCCCCAAACAUAAUAAUGGGCUUUACUAACAUUGCAUUGUUUCUGUUUUUUCCACUGGUCUUUAUUCUUUUUACAUACUUAGCCAUUGGGUUAGCAUUGUUAAAAAUUGCAACAGCAGAAGGAAGACAUAAAGCACUAAAAACCUGCACUUCACAUAUCCUUUUAGUGGCAAUGUUUUAUACUCCAUUGGCAGUUACAUACUCAGCAACAUAUGUUGUCAGUUUUCAUCCAAAUGCAAGAAUUCUAAAUAAUUCAUUGUCAGCAACAAUCCCACCAUUGCUGAACCCCAUAAUUUAUACUCUAAAAACUGAAGAGGUAACAGAAUCAAUGAAAAAACUUUUCAAAACAAAACAAGACAAGAAUGGAAAAAUAAGAAAUUCCAAGAUUCUAGCCAAAUAG